AUGUCGGAAUCUUUUAGUUCAGGUUCAGGUGAUGGUAAGGGAUAUUCGUUACAUCCUUAUAACCCCGAUAAGUUCUCUUCAGGUGCUCCUGUACCCGACGUUUCUGACCAACAUCUGGCCGUAGAUACAAUCACUUCUAAUACUACUGCAACUUCAACACUUCAUAGAACAACCUUACAACAAUCAUUUAUUGAUAAUUUGAAUCAACACUCUAUCAAAGAAGGUUUAUUGAUCAAGAGAAUUGACCAUCCUGAUAUGGAAAAGAUUGAUGAUUCACUUUAUAAAGAGCAAAAAGAGAAUUUAUGCUUGAACAUUGCCGAUAAACUUCAAAAGGUUUUUGAAUUAAGUGAUGAUGAUUACUUUUAUGGAAAUUUCAAUUCAUGGCUUAUUAAAGAUGUGUUAUUACAGGGUCAUUUAUAUUUAACCAAACAAUGUAUAAUUUUCUUUGCGUUCUUACCAAAGAAGGAAUCUGUCACAAGUGAUAUUGGUCAAGAUGAUUCCCAAAAUAUCAUUCAAGCUGGUUCUCUUGGAUUGAAAUCAGCUAAAUAUGUCGAAUCAGUAUUCACGACCGUGAUAACUCAUAGGUUUUGGGCUAUUCUUCGUUCAGAGACGUUGAGUAUUUAUAGUUCAUCAACUGAUCUUUACUUCCCCAGUUUAGUAAUAGAUUUAAGAACUUGUAUUAAAGCAGAAAUUAUCGAUAAAGAUAAGAUGGAUCCUAUCAAAUCUCCAACCUCAAGAAGUAGAGCAGACACUGGUUCAGGAAUGAUGUCUCCUAGAUUAACAACUAGGAAUUCUACAGAAUUCUUAACAGAGGAUGACUUUCAAAGUGUGUUGACGCAAGAGAAUUUAUCGGCCACAGAAGACAAUGAAGGUUUAACUAAUGGUGUCUGGGUAAGAUUGGUAACUCAGAAGAAGACUUAUAGAUUUUUAUGUGAUAAUUUAUUUUCAGCAAGACAAUGGUGUAAUAAUUUAACCAAGGUGAUAUUUCAAUUGAAUAAUUCCAAUGAAAGUAAUGAAGUUUUGAUCAAAAUUCCUAUUGAGAAUGUUCUUGACUAUGGUAAAAAUGAAUUAUUUGAGAUGGAUUCGGAACCAGAUGAACAACAACCCAUCAGUAUAUCUAUAAAGUAUAUUGAUAAGAAUAGAGUGAAGAAGUCAAAGUUCAAGAAGAGUGAUGCAAAUGAAGAUAUGAGGUUGAAAAGUAUAUAUUUUGUUUUUUUUCAUGACACUGGUAUUGCCUUCGAAGCUCUUUCUAAGGUUGUUAAUGACUUUAGGCGUAGAAAGAGUUCGGUUGAUAUCGAUGACGCAGCUUCGUUAACUUCAUCCACAUCUAAAUCAGAAAGGAUUAUAGAAAAAGCAAAGCGAAUGGUAGGUAAAGACGACUCAAAUAUAUCAAUAUCAGAUUCUGCUCUAAAGAAGAUUGGAAAGAGUUUAUCAAACACAGGUAAGAUGUUUAAUAAUAGAAAGUUAUCUGAUUCUAUUCAUAGUGUUAGUUCAACCAUGAAUUCUUCAAUAUUUGAUUCAGGAACAAUGGGUACCCUGACAUCAUUAUCUACUUCUGCUUCGCGUGUGAGUAUGCCAAAGCCAUUAUCUGUUCAAGGUAUUAGAGAUCUUCAGAUGUCAUUUGAAACGAAACAUUUACGUUUGGAAGAUGCUGUUUCUUUAUAUAAAGAAAGAUCCAAAAAUUCUGCUAAAUCUGAUAGUAUACAAAGUAAGUUAAUCAAAAUGUCAAUCGGAAAGAGUAUUAAGCUUAUCUCUAACGUUGGAAAUAAAUGGACUGCUCCUGUAGCCCAUUAUGUUAAGAUAUCCGAGAAUGAUCCAAAUUAUGUCACUGAUAAAAAAGAAAGGGAUGAAUCUCAAAUACAUUUCAGAGAGCAUUUUAGCUUGAAUGAUGAUAAAAAGUUGGUAGCGACAUAUUACGGCCAUUUACUCCGUUCCAUUCCAGUUUAUGGAAAACUUUACUUGGGUGAGACAGAAUUAUGUUUUAGAAGUCUUUUACCAGGUGUAUCUACCAAGAUGAUUUUACCUCUUGGUGUUGUUGAAACUUGUUAUCGUGAAAGAGGUAUAAACUUAACUUACUCAGGCUUAGUUGUGGUUAUCAAAGGAAGAGAAAAGCUAUUCUUAGAAUUUGGCUCUCAAAAAGCUAGAGACGAUGGCGAAGAAAUGCUUCUUAAACAAUUAGAAAAGUUGCAUAAGGAUGAGUCUUGGUCUCCAACUCCAAUUGAAUGGGGUCAUAAUUACGAUCUCGAAUUAAAUAGAGUAAGAUUAGGAGGAGCUUUAACUCCUGCCGAUGAGUCUGAUGAAUCUGACGAAGAGGAUGAUAUUCCUAACAGCAACGUUAGACUUGCAGAAGCUAGAAUAGAAAGUGCUAGACUAAAGAUGUUUGAAGAUAAGUUUAAUGCAGCAUCUGGGAUCGAUAUUCCCCUUAUUCUUGAAGAUUCACCUUUUGCAAAGAUAGAAAUUCGUCCUUCUACAUCUUACAAGUUCACUUUGUUAACCAUUGGUUCUCGAGGAGAUGUACAGCCAUAUAUUGCCUUAGGUAAAGGGUUGAAAAAGGAAGGUCAUAUAGUCACAAUUGCUACUCAUAAGGAGUUUGAACCUUGGAUCCGUAAACAUGGUAUGGAGUUCAAGGAAAUUGCAGGUGAUCCUGGAGAAUUAAUGUCAUUAAUGGUAUCACAUGGAUCAAUGUCUGUUUCCUUUUUGAAAGAAGCAAGUUCUAGAUUAAGAGGCUGGAUCACCAAGUUAUUGACUUCUAGUUGGGAAGCAUGUCAAGGAUCUGAUAUUUUGAUUGAAAGUCCUUCUGCAAUGGGAGGGGUCCACAUAGCUGAAGCGUUGGGUAUUCCAUAUAUGAGAGACUUCACUAUGCCAUGGACUCGUACAAGAGCAUAUCCACAUGCGUUUAUCGUACCUGAUCAGAAAAAAGGAGGUUCUUAUAAUUAUUUAACUCAUGUCAUGUUUGAGACAGUGUUUUGGAAGGGAAUAUCUUCUCAAGUUAAUAAAUGGAGAAUUAAAGAGCUUGAUUUACCAAGAACUAAUUUAUUAAGAAUGCUGCAAACUAGGAUACCCUUCUUAUAUAAUGUAUCUCCUAGUAUCUUCCCUCCAAGUGUAGAUUUCCCGGAUUGGGUUAAGGUUACUGGGUAUUGGUUCUUAGAUGAAGGUGCAGCGAAGGACUAUAAUCCUCCAGAUGCACUUGUGGAAUUCUUAGAAUCGGCUAUUGAAGAAGAAAAGAAAAUUGUCUAUAUUGGGUUCGGAUCGAUUGUAGUUAAAGAUGCUAAGAGUUUAACUAAAGCGAUUGUCGAUGCUGUUUUGGAAGCUGAUGUUAGAUGUAUCUUAAACAAGGGAUGGUCAGACAGAAUGUCUCAGGAUAAGAAUGAACCUGAGAUUGAGCUUCCUCCUGAAAUUUAUAAUUCUGGAUCUAUUCCUCAUGAUUGGUUGUUUCCAAAGAUUGAUGCUGCUGUGCAUCAUGGAGGUUCAGGAACUACAGGGGCUACUCUCAGAUGGGGAACACCAACUAUUAUCAAACCAUUCUUUGGAGAUCAAUUUUUCUAUGCUUCCAGAGUGGAAGAAUUAGGUGUGGGAAUAGCAUUAAGAAAAUUGAAUUCAAGAUCAUUAGCUAAGGCGAUGAUAAAUGCUACCACUGAUUUGAAAAUGAUUGCUAAAUCGAAGAGAUUAAGUGAACAAAUUAAAAAUGAAUGUGGUGUAUUGAGUGCUAUUGAAGCUAUUUAUUCUGAAAUGGAAUAUGCCAGAAGUUUAAUUGCUGCUAAACAGCAAUAUAAUGAACACUAUAAAUUACAUCAUCCAGACUUCAAGUCAUCAGGAUUACAUACUCCUGUUGCAAAUGACAUUGAACAUGAUGACGAAGAUGAAGAAGAAGAAGACGACGACUAUGAUGAUGAAAACGCUGUAGAAGAUGAUUCUGAAACUGAAGAAGAGGAUAAUAUAGAUAAAAAAGAUGCCAUUGCCAAUGAAUAUGGAGUCCUGUUAGUUGAACCAUCGAAGCAAAGUCUCGCCAGCGAUCAUUCUACUAUAAUUAGCAGGUGA